GCUGAGAUUGUUACAAAUAUUGACGAGAGGGAGUGUGGAUUCCCCGCCAUUGAUCCUUUACAAAUAUCCAAGCUUUCAAGAAUAGUUGGAGGUUCCGUAGUAAAGCCGCAUUCUUGGCCAUGGCAAGUGGGCUUGUGCUACUCAUCAAACAUAGCAGAAGAUGUAUUUUGCGGAGGAACACUGAUCAGUGAAACUUGGAUUGUAACAGCUGCUCAUUGCAUCGAUUUUCUGACGGAAAGUGAGCUACUUCGUGUAAUAAUUGUAGUUGGAGCACAUGAUAUGACAGCGUCUGUCGUCGAUGAAGACGAACGCCAACUGAUUAAUGUCCAAAGGGUGAUAUAUCACCCACGCUAUGAUAUUGGCUAUGAACUGAACUAUGACAUAGCUCUUAUUGAGCUUAAUACAUCAGCAGUGCUUGGGGAGAAUGUAGCAGUGGCGUGUCUUCCUAUUACUUCACUGACAAAUGGUCAACAAUCGUACGUCACCGGAUGGGGCUCAACAGCCUCUGGUGGGGGCAAAGUAACUCGACUACGCGAAGUGAUGGUGCCAAUAAUAGAUAGAACACAUUGCAUCGCCGAGUCGAACUAUACCGCCAAUGAUGAUCUGUCCAUAACAAUGGUCUGUGCUGGUAGUAUAGUUGGUGGCAUAGACACCUGUCAGGGUGACUCUGGCGGUCCACUGGUGACGCAGAUGAGCCACAAUUCAUCACUAUGGCAGCUGAGUGGUGUCAUAAGCUGGGGUAUUGGUUGCGGAGACCCUUCUUACCCCGGGGUGUAUACCGAUGUCAUCUUAUUCAACAAUUGGAUAAAGGGAAUAAUUUCAAACCAUUGUGGAGAUUCAUCAUGCUGCGCAUACCUUGGUAGCAUUGGGGAAUGCGAGACUAAUCCAAACCUGAUGUUUGACUCUUGCCUCGAAGAAUGUAUAACAGAGCCCCCUGUGACUGAUUCAGCAACUACUGAGUCAAUUACAAGCACAAUUGUAACCACUCAAACUAGUUCAAACAUUGUAAGUGAUGUCACUAAAACUAGUCAAACCACAACGGACGCUACACUCAGUUCGACAUCAAACGGUGAAGAUAAAAACACUGGGCAAACGACAAGUACAUCUGAAGAGGCAAAUGCAACGUCUACUGAACAAGCGACAAGUACCAGCAUCUCGACUCAGAACAUCGUCAGUUUGCCGCCUGGUUAUCUUGACCUUGGGCUUUUUGGACAAAGCAGGGGUAAAACAUUAAGAACAAACCUAACUAGGGUGCUAACAAUGACUGUAUUAUCAUUGGCGAUUGUCGUAUAGAACCUAACUGAUCUAUCUGUUGAUUGACCACGAAGGCUGAAGACUGUG